AUUUUAGAGCCCCAAGAAACUACCAUAACAAAGCUGCGACGGCAAGAGCGACGAUGCAGUGGGGUGCAAAGCUCGCGGUGUUGUAUAUCGCUGCGACGGUUGUCGCGGGUGGGUGCUGCAACAACGAUUGCUCGGGGCAUGGCAAAUGCACUGUCGAGGGAAACGGAUGCGUGUGUCAGUGCUUUGCAGGCUUUGCCGGCGCGGAUUGCUCGAGACGAUCGUGUCCUGUGGGGAAGUCGUGGUCGUCUUUUGCGGUGGCCACGGACGUCGCCCACCUUCCAGGGGUCUGUUCGAACCGUGGCGUCUGCGACGAGAGCUCCGGCGUUUGCCAAUGCGAUCCAGGGUUCACCGGCGCGGCGUGUGACCGCCUCGCGUGUCCCCUGGGCUGCUCGAAUCGCGGCGUGUGCCGAUCGAUCAAGUUCCAAGCGACUCAAAAGGACAGAGGGAUGCCGCCCCCGGUCGUAUACCAGUCCAACUGGGACAGCGGCAUGGUGUAUGGAUGCAUAUGCAAUGAAGGGUUCUUUGGCGCAGACUGCUCUCAACGCCGAUGCCCCGCCGGCGACGAUCCUCUCACUGGAUUCUCUGGGGACCCCAUAUUUGGCCAACAGUUCAAUGAAAAGCAGAGCGUCACGUGCUCGGCCACGAGCGGAUCGUUUACGCUGAGUUUUCGAGGUCAAACGACUGUCCCGAUCAACUCGAACGACCCCGUCGAUGUUUUGACGGCCAAGCUGCAGGCGCUGCCGACGAUCACGCAAGUGCUCGUGCUGUACUCGAGCACGGCCACAACUGCGUGUCCGCCCGGGGGCAACACGAUCGUGAUUGAAUUUGUUCAAAAUUUUGGCCCCUUGCCAUUGCUCGUCGGGAACCCGACCAACUUGGUGUACACAAAUGUGGGCGGCAGUGUCGCGCUCACCGUCGCUCGAUUGCAAGUCGGCAACAAAGAAAACGUGCCUUGUUCGAACCGCGGCACAUGCGACGUCACGAGCGGCAUUUGUACGUGCUACGAUGGGUACACCACGAGCGACGGCAAGGGAGGCCUUGGCACUCGCGGCGACUGUGGCGGGGUCCUUGGAUCCAUUACAGCGUGUCCGGGAGUGGUCACGUGCAGCGGGCACGGGUACUGCACCGGCAGUCCUCAGUACGCGUGUAUUUGCUUUGGCGGGUGGACGUCCGGCGACUGCUCUGUUCGCACGUGUCCGCAAGGCCCUGCGUGGUUUGACAUGGCGGCACAAAACAACGAUGCCCAUCGCUACGCCAUUUGCUCGAACGCAGGCGUUUGCGACUCUGCCACAGGUGUAUGCAACUGCGCGCCAGGAUUUGAAGGCUCGGCGUGUCAGCGAAUGAAAUGUCCUGGUGUCGGCGACCCUCCAUGCUCAGGGCGAGGCCAGUGCUUGACCCAGGAACGCCUAGCGCUUCUCACCACAACAAACGGCGACCCAACUCCGCUGGUCUACGGCUCCAUUCCGAACAAUCCAGCGACAUGGGACUUCAACAAGAUCCAGGGCUGCUUGUGCGACAAAGGCUACGGUGGGCACGACUGCGCUCAGCGUGUUUGCCCCAAGGGGGACAACCCGCGAACGACGGGGCAGGUCAACGAAGUCCAGACCAUCGCGUGUACGGCGACGAGUGCAUCUACGUUUCGGCUGUCGUUUCGAGGCGCAGUGACAGCGCCAAUCACGACGACCGCGACUGCUGCCCAAGUCGGUUCAGCAAUCAAUGUUCUCCCGACUGUCGGGGUCGUGCGGGUGACGUAUUCAAGCGGCGCUGCGGCAUGCACCUCUGGCGGGACAAAUGUCAUGUCGGUCUUUUUCGUGACGGAAAUGGGCGAUGUCCCAGCCAUGCGAGUCUCCGAUGUAGACGCCGCGAAAAUUCCAUCCUUUGUGAUCAACACCGACGGAGUCGCGGGGUCCGUGCGUGGCACGACCGAGAACAUCGAGUGCGCGGGAAGCGGCCUGUGCGACCGAGCGAAAGGCGUGUGCCAGUGCUUCCCCGAGUACUCUGCCAGCGCCAGCGGCAACGCGCCUGGCACCCGCGAGGAUUGCGGUUCGAUUCGCCAGCAUCAGUUGUAUGCGUAAUUCACGAUUUGAUUGGUGGAUGCAA